AAGGUUUUGGAGAAGAAAGAGAGAUUCUGCUUCGAUUCCAGCGAAGGAAAAGCGUAUUCCUCGUGAGCACUAACUUCUCACUCCUCUUCUUCAUCAUCUUCUUCUUCUUCUUCUUCUUCUUCUUCUUCUUCAGUCUACGUUCACACAAUCUUUCACCCACCCAUUAAAAGCUCUCUCGGAGGUUUCGAGGGGCUUGGUUUUCUGAUGACGUCGGAUGGAGCUACGUCGACAUCAGCAGCUGCGGCUGCGGCGGCGGCAGCAGCGGCGAGGAGGAAGCCGUCGUGGAGGGAAAGGGAGAAUAAUCGGAGGAGAGAGAGACGGAGAAGAGCUGUAGCUGCGAAGAUAUAUACUGGGCUUAGAGCUCAAGGUGAUUAUAAUUUGCCUAAACAUUGUGAUAAUAAUGAAGUCCUCAAAGCUCUUUGUGUUGAAGCUGGUUGGGUUGUUGAAGAAGAUGGUACUACUUAUCGCAAGGGAUGCAAGCCUUUAACUGGUGAGAUAGCUGGGACAUCGUCUCGAGUUACUCCAUACUCAUCACAGAACCAGAGCCCUCUUUCAUCGGCCUUUCAAAGCCCCAUCCCGUCUUACCAAGUGAGCCCGUCUUCUUCGUCUUUCCCGAGUCCUUCUCGCGGUGAACCAAAUAACAACAUCUCCUCUACAUUCUUCCCCUUCCUCAGAAAUGGUGGCAUUCCUUCCUCUCUUCCUUCCCUCAGAAUCUCGAACAGUUGUCCAGUUACCCCACCGGUCUCAUCACCGACUUCCAAGAACCCUAAACCGUUGCCCAACUGGGAAUCUAUCGCUAAGCAAUCCAUGGCCAUUGCUAAACAAUCCAUGGCGUCUUUUAACUAUCCUUUCUAUGCUGUUUCUGCACCUGCUAGUCCGACACAUCGCCAGUUUCAUACCCCGGCUACUAUACCUGAAUGUGAUGAGUCUGACUCUUCAACUGUUGAUUCUGGUCAUUGGAUAAGCUUUCAGAAGUUUGCACAACAACAGCCAUUCUCUGCUUCUAUGGUGCCAACCUCUCCUACCUUCAAUCUUGUGAAACCCGCGCCUCAGCAGAUGUCUCCAAAUACUACUGCGUUCCAAGAGAUUGGUCAAAGCUCUGAAUUUAAAUUUGAGAAUAGCCAAGUUAAGCCGUGGGAAGGAGAGAGGAUACAUGAUGUGGGUAUGGAGGAUCUUGAGCUUACACUUGGAAACGGGAAGGCUCGUGGUUGACAUAAACAACUAAACAAAGUCGGAUGGCAUGUCGAUGGAGUGUGAGAAACUAAUCCUCCUGAGUUUCUUCAUCUUUCUUCUUCCAGGUAUUUGGAUCUUUAUGGAAUCUCAUAUGCUCUUCACUUACUAUCCAAAUAUGCUGCACAAAGCCUUCUCCAGGGAAGCAUUGGAGUAUUAGAGUGGUUGUUCAAUUCGUGAAUUUGGUUUCAAAAGCAUUAUUUGUAGAUAAAAAAAUCUUAAGAUGUAUGAUUCUAUUUCCAUACAAAUGUUAUAUUAAUUAGUGGCUUGAAACUGUUUUGUGUCUUGUCAAAUUGCUUAGUCAUGUAUCAUUUCUUGA